ACUUGUAUUUGUCACCCGUAUUGUUGAUUUGUUGUGCUGUAAUUUAUUUUCUAAAUUAAACUGAAUGAAUUGUUUAUAAAAAUGGAUGCAAACGACGUUGAUGACAAGGACAGUGGUCCUGAAGUUCAAUUGAAUUUCCCGGCCUCGGUAAUGAGCAGAAUCGAAGAGUUAAUGGGAGGAACUGAACAGUUCGACAGUGACGAAUUCGACGCCGUGUCUUACAUCAACCGAGUGUUUCCAACAGAGCAGUCUCUAUCAGGUGUAGAAACUGCGGCGGCGAGGUGCGAGUUUCGUCUCGCGGCGGUACAGCACGACAUACGACGGCUGGUGCGUGCGCAACAUGACCAGAGGAUAGCUGGCCAUCAGGCCCUGCUGGAGGCACAGAAAUGUAUAGCUGAAUUGGCUUUACAGGUAACUGAUAUAAACAAGAAAGCGGAACGCAGUGAGAGCAUGGUCCGCGAGAUCACAUCGGAGAUCAAGCAGCUAGACUGCGCCAAGUGGAACCUCACUGCGGCCAUCACGGCGCUUAACCACCUGCACAUGCUCGCCGGCGGCGCGGCGUCGCUGCGCGCGCUGGCGCAGAACAGACAGUACAAGGAGCUAGUGUUGCCGCUGCAAGCUAUUAUGGAGGUGCUCCAACAUCUAGAAUGUUACCGCGACAUUCGCGAACUGAACGCCCUUCGGGACGAGGUUCACGCGAUACGAGCCGACCUCGCCACGCAGAUAUUGGCAGAUUUUAAACAGGCUUUCACUGGCGCGAGCAAGGGCAGCGUGUCGGCGCGCACGCUGGGCGAGGCGUGCGGCGCGCUCGACGCGCUGCAGCUGCAGGAGUACGAGCACCUGUUCUCGAGCGAGCAGGAGCAGGCGUGGCUGUCGCACGUGGCGCGCCGCUACGCCUGGCUCAAGAAGCACUUGCUCGCCUUCGAGCAGACGCUGGCCAACGUGUUCCCGCCGCACUGGAGGCUCAGCGAGCGGAUUGCGUACCAGUUUUGUAAGGUGACCCGCGAGAGCCUCAGCUCGCUGAUGGCGGCGCGCCGCAGCGAGCUGGACUGCAAGCUGUUGCUCUACGCGAUCCAGCAGACGCACAACUUCGAGAUGCUGUUGCACAAGAGGUUCCUGGGUACUGAGCCGAACACUGAAACGCUGGACACAAGUGGCGGUGACAAAGAAAUAUCCUUUGAUGAUGAGAAUGAAGCGUCAGAGCCGGCCGAGGGGCAGGGCGGUGGCAGCUCGCCGUGGCUCGGCCUCAUCGGCCGCUGCUUCGAGCCGCACCUCUCGCUCUACAUACAGAGCCUCGACACCAACCUGCGCUCGCUCAUGGAUCGGUUUAUACAAGAAGCGAAGACGAUGGAGCUGAGCGAGGUGGGGCAGGCGGGGGAGGCGGGCAGCGGCGCGGGCGGCGUGCUGGCGAGCUGCGCCGACCUGUUCCUGUUCUACAAGAAGUGCCUCGCGCAGUGCGCGCGCCUCUCCACCGGCGAGCCCAUGCUCGAAGUGGAGGCCAUCGACCUUACACCUCUAAAAAUGGUCAUGGGCGAAAAGUUCUCCCUCAGGUACACAAAGCAGGAAAUCGCGAAAAUCACCAGCGUGAUAACAACGUCAGAGUAUUGUCUCGAAACCACCGUCCAUUUGGAGGAGAAGCUGAAAGAAAAAGUGGCGCCCGCGCUCGCCCACAGAAUUGACCUCGGCCCCGAGCAGGAUCUGUUUCACAAAAUGAUCAGCACCUGCAUCCAGCUGCUUGUGCAAGACCUGGAGCUGGCCUGCGAGCCGGCCCUGCAGGCGAUGACCAAGAUCUCUUGGCUCCACUUCGACACGGUCGGCGACCAGAGCUCCUACGUCACCCAAAUAAUUAUGCACCUGAAGAACUCGGUGCCAAUUUUGCGGGACAAUUUGGCGUCGUCGCGGAAGUACUUCACGCAAUUUUGCAUCAGAUUUGCGAACUCCUUCAUACCGAAAUUCAUUCAGAACGUUUACAAGUGCAAGCCCAUCUCGACCGUCGGCUCUGAGCAGCUGCUGUUGGACACCCACAUGUUGAAAACUGCUUUGCUGGAGCUGCCCUCGAUCGGCUCGGAAGUGAAGAGGCCGGCGCCGACCACGUACACGAAAGUUGUCAUCAAGCUCAUGACGAAAGCCGAGAUGAUUCUGAAGUUGGUGAUGGCGCCUUUGGAUAACCACUUGGAAGGGUUCGUGGGUCAGUUUCUGCAAUUAUUGCCGGAGAGUACGAUUGCAGAAUUCCACAAGGUCCUGGAUAUGAAGGGGGCGAAAUUGUCGAAAACCCAAUUGAGUGCGUUGGACGCGUUGUUCAAAGAAACCUCGAAAUCGAAUAAUGAGAUUAGUAAAUAGCUUUCAGUGAUACUUCAUUCCGUGGUGAUACCACCCUAUGAGUGUAUCACGCAAAGACUUAUUUAUGUGUAUUAUGUUGUAUUAAUUAUGGAAUAUAUGAAUUUAUUAUU